AUGGGCGAAAUCAAGAAAGGAACAAUCAAGCACCGCAACAAGGAGGGAACUCUCGACGCCUCUGCCCUCCUCUGGCGAGCCCUCACUUCCGAAAAGCCAGAGGUCAUGUGGAAAUACAUCACCAAAGACGCCGUCCUGGUCGAACCAGACCAAAAGGUCUACUCACCACGAAGCGAACCCGCCCUCGACGAAUAUCUCGAGGAGCAGUACGAACCCUGGACCGCAUACAAGAUCCACGACGAGCCCGAGUUUGUCGAGAUUGACCUCAUGGCUUCGGCUCUCAACUACCGCGUCACUUGCUGGAAGCUGCAGAACGGCGAAAUGAACGCGACCGAUGCGUGGUGCCAUAGUGUCUUUAGACAAGGCCCUGGAGGAGAUUGGAAGUGCUGUCUUCACCACAUGGCAAAGAUUUGA